AUGUACAUUGCCGAAGUAUCCGAGGCAGCCAACAGAGGUGCCUACUCUUCAACUCUGGGAAUAUUUUGGGCUUUCGGGAACUUCAUUCCUAACGCUAUAGGACCGUUUAUGUCUGUGAUGUGGUUCAAUUUGCUGCUCACUUGCUUCCCGGUAGCUUUCUUCAUUACGUUCUACUUUUUGGGGAAGGAGACACCAUAUUUCCUUGUUGGAGCUAACAAGAUCGAUGAAGCCGAAGAAGUAUGUAUUGUUCAUUAG